CAGGUCGAGGCCAGAGCAGUGAUGAAUCUGUGAGGGAAAUAAAGGAGAUCUGCGCACAUUUCGGUCACAGACUGGAGCAUAGGUGGGAGACACCAAUCACGUGAACAAACAACACCCAUGCCAUUGGAUAGAGCUGCUCUGGUUUAUUGGCUUUGAACCUACAAAAUGCAGAAAGCAACAUACUACGACAACUCUGGACUUUUUGGAAGCUACAGCUACCCCAAACCCGACUCUUACAACUAUGGUCCGGCUCAUCAGUCCUACCCUACGUCCAACAUGGAGACCGACUACCAGGGCCCGGUGUGUCCCAUCCAGACAUCUGCUGCUGUCAGGCCGCCAACUCUCAAAGACAGCAGUGACCUGAGUGGGGACUGCAUGCGACAGAGCAGCAGUCAGAGCAGUAGCAGCAGCCAAGCCACCAGUGUCGGGGAGCAGCAGGCUCCUCCGAUGUCGGCGUCUUCUCCCAGCUCCAACAGCUCCACCACCCAGAAGAAGAAAUCUCCCUCAGGCAGCGGCUCCAACGGUUCCACGCCGGUCCUCACCAAGCAGAUCUUCCCCUGGAUGAAGGAGAGCAGACAGAACUCCAAGCAGAAGAGCAGCAGCUGCAGUGCUCCAGGUGGAGAAGUGAGCGAUGAGAAGAGCCCACCCGGACCGGCGUCCAAACGGGUCAGAACUGCCUACACCAGUGCACAGCUGGUGGAGCUGGAGAAGGAGUUUCACUUUAACCGCUAUCUGUGUCGCCCACGGAGAGUGGAGAUGGCCAAUCUGUUGAAUCUCACCGAGCGCCAAAUUAAGAUCUGGUUUCAGAACAGGAGGAUGAAAUACAAAAAGGACCAGAAGUCCAAAGGGCUGGCACACUCCCCCCUGGGACACUCCCCGGACAGGAGCCCGCCGCUGAGUGGCCCGAAUCACAUUGGAUACUCUGGCCAGCACCAAAACGUCAACAGCCUGAGCUAUGACGCGCCCUCGCCGCCGUCCUUCGCCAAACCCCAGCAGAACAUGUACGGUUUGGCCGCCUACACGGCGCCUCUGGGCGGCUGCAUCCCGCAGCAGAAGCGCUACCCGGGCUCCGAGUACGAACACCACGGCAUGCAGAGCAACGGCGGCUUUGCCAACGCCAAUUUGCAAGGCAGCCCUGUUUAUGUGGGUGGGAAUUUUGUUGAUUCCAUGCCAGCCUCGGGCCCCAUGUUCAACCUCGGCCAUCUCCCCCACCCGUCCUCCACCAGUGUGGACUACAGCUGUGCCGCCCAGAUCCCAGGAAACCACCACCAUGGACCCUGUGAUCCACAUCCCACAUACACAGACCUCAGCUCUCACCAAGCGUCUCAGGGAAGGAUUCAGGAAGCGCCUAAACUCACGCAUUUGUAAUCUGUGGUUUUACGUGCGUGUGCGUAAGAAGUUUGUGUGUGUGUGUGUGUGCGUGAGAGUGUGCGUACGUACGUGUGUGUGCCAAAUUACGUUGCGCUCUUUUUAUUACCUCACUAGUCUAAUAACUGCACUCCA